GUAAGGUCACUAGUAUAAAGCGCCCAGGGUGCACCUCGUUUAAUUUACUGUCUACAGUCAUAGACCAUUUGAUUCAUCGUUCUGGAUUUAUUGGAAAAAAUUUCUGUCGCUAAUUUCAAACUUAAUCCAAUUUCAACCAAACCUGUUCACAUUUUGGGGGGAUAUCUACUAACUUGCAUUAAAAUAUGCAGAAUUUCUCGCAUACAAUAUGGAUGGGUGACCUGGAACCUUACAUGGAUGAAAUGUUUAUUAAACGAGCCUUUGAAACAUCGGGUGAAAAUAUAGUAAGUGUAAAAGUUAUCCGAAACAAGGCAACUGGGCAAACUCUUGGUUAUGGUUUCAUAGAGUUUGCUAACUCAACAUCCGCGAGAGACGCAAUGCUUAAGUUGAAUGGCAAGCUCAUCCCUGGAGCCCCGACCAGAAGAUUUAAACUUAAUCACGCUAGUUACGGGAAAGAUAGCACUUCUAGUAAUGAAUGUUCGUUAUUUGUUGGUGAACUAACAGAAGAUGUUGAUGAUCUUGCUUUAUUCAAUGCUUUUAAAAAAUACCCAACAUGCCGCUCAGCUAAAGUUGUGAUGACAAAUGGCAAAUCUCGUGGAUACGGUUUUGUUCGUUUCCUCACUGAAUCUGAUAUGGAUAAAGCGUUGAUUGAAAUGCAGAAUUAUUGUGGUUUGGGCUAUAAACCUAUUCGAGUGAGUCUUGCUAUUCCGAAGCGUUAUAAUGCAGAUGGAAGUUUGGUUGUUACUACAACAGCAUCUGAGACGAGUUCAGUGGUUCCAAGUGGUAUGCCCGAUCCAUUCACUGCUGCAGUUGCGGCUGCUGUAACGGGGAAUUCUGCAGCUCAAGCAGAAUAUUACCAAGCUUAUCAACAAUACUAUCAACAGUACUAUGCUUCUCAAUAUGCAGCCCAGUUUUAUUCCAGUGAAUCAUCUACAAAUGGUGACUUAGCUAAUUCUGGAAUAACAUCGAUUGCCGGUGGUGGUACGCUUGUAGGCGAUGCUACAGUUCAACAGCAUGCAUUCGUCGAUGCUGCUGCCUCACAUUUAUAUGCUAGAGCACUUCAGCAAGGCACCGGCUCACAAGAAUAUGCCCCAGAACCACAUGUUUUAUCAUCAGCUUGUGAUCGUCCACGACAUGUAGAUGAUUUAGAUGAAGUGUUCAAUUUUUUAGAAGCAUCACGAUGGCAUGUCACUGAUCCAUCAUUGGGAUUAUUUAUUAAAAUAAGACCAUAACUAUUUAUUCACCUUUAUUAUUCUUGUUUUUAGUAAAGUACGUUGUAUUCUUAUAAGUUUGAACAAAGUAUAUUGAGUUUCUUUUUUUUAACAAAAGGAAAGUAUUUGGAUUAUAUGAUGUAAAUACAUUUCAUGUAUACGU